AUAAAAAAAAAAGAUUUUAAUAAUCAAGUCACAGAGAUCUAACAAACAGCAAAGGAGGAACAAUCAGACAGGUAAUAGACGCGACGAUCUCCCCCUUGAGAUGGCCACGAAGCCAACAACCGGCAGCUUUGGAUAUGGGAAUAUUCAGAAAAUACCAUCCUCUCGUCUCGCUAUAAGGGGCUUGUCUCAACUUGAUCCGCGAUGCACGGCCCAGGUGGGAACGAACUCCGAUUUACCCGAGAACUACAAAUGCAUGAAUAACCGCGAGUCAACAUCCCAUCAAUAUCCCGCCAAGCCAAACCGCCACGCGUUGUACCGCAGCACCUGCACUCCUCGAGACAUGGUACGGCCCCAACCGUCGGGUGCCUUUUACGCAAGAUAAUGUCAAGUUUGCAGGAAAAACCACAAGAUCUUGGGACUUGACAAUUUUGGCAAAAUACAUGCUAGCGUGAACAGGAAUGGGUCACUCGGUACUUGGCGAUGCUAUACCGUGAGAUCCUUUGUUUAGCGAGAGCGAUGGUCCGCCAUGUAUAUAGAGGCAUUACGCCCCCAAGGGAGUAGGAAGGAAAGUCACCCCUUUCCCUCAGCGGCAAGCUUCAUUGCAUCCAGUCCCUAUCAACUCAAGGUUCCUACUUUCUUUCGGCGCAAGCUGCCAUACUUUCAUUCAUUUCUUGACUGUAUUUUGCUGAUUUGGCAAGAAAACUACGCCUCACCACAUUAACUUCAAAUAAUACGAACCUUGCAACCCAUUAUCACCACCACCACCACCACCACUAUGAAGACCUCCACUAGCGCAGUUUUGGCUGGCCUCGUCGCCGUUGCCACCGCCGCGGUCCAGCUCGAGGUCCGCUACAGCGACAGGAUGGUGGACGUCGGCACCCUGGACCUCAUGGAGGUGACUCGCAACGCCAUCUACGCCGAGCCGGGCAACGAGCGCUCCAUCCUGACGGACCGCACCCACCAAGCCAUCACCCGGACGUGCAAGUCGGCCGUCGAAAACACCCCCGACGUUUCGGUGCAGGUCAAGAUGACGGGCGCCUGGGGCCGCACCCCGGGGCUCAAGAACAACGAGAUGCGCGACGGGCUCGUGGCCAGCAUCUUCGAGGCGCUCAAGCAGGUCUCGGACGACACGGGCUACGAGGUGUACAGCGAGUGCAGGGGUCUCGUGUGGCAGGAGUCCGUCGCCCACGUCCCCGAGGCGGCGUGCGGUCGCGCGGCCGCCUCGGGCCAGACCUGCGACGGCCCCUGCCGCAACGCCGUGGCCAGCCCCGGCACCACGCAGUGCAUGAAGCACGACUGGGGCCACCGCGUGCCGUCUGUGAUGCGCAUCACCGCCUACAUUGACGACGCCCUCCAGCCUGACGACCUCAUCUUUGAGUUUGCCUCCACGCAAAACGCCCAGGCCGGUGGCUGCGGCAUCAUUGGCAAGAUUGCCGGCAAGCUGGCUUCAUUCACCAUCCCCGUCGCUGGAGGGCUGUUUUCCGAGGGUAUCAACAUCCUGUGCGCCAACUAAAGGCGUUGUUAGGCAUGGUUGUUUAUCGCUGGGCGGUAGCUCUUGUUUUUCUCUUUGGCAAUUGAUGGUACAUGAUGGGUGGGCUUUGGAGUUUUGGGAUCUUGUUUGGGUUUUUGUUGCAGGCAAUUAGUUAGGUGGACUUGUUGAUGAGUUAAUUCAAGACUGCGCAUGCUCUCCUC